GCCUCCGCUAGUCGCGACUCACGCCCCAGAGGGGCAGCACGUGUCCUCGCUCCCGCUCGCGACUUAUGUAACCAUCCGCACGGCGAUUCCGCAGCCUCUGAGCCCCUUCCCUCCAUCGACCCCGCGACCCACGCGUUACACCGCCGCGAGGCGCGAACGUUCGCGGAGCCGGCCGAUCCGUAUCGACUGAUAAACUCCUCCGAUCCUCGCGUUGUGCAAUAACCGUCAGCUGAGAGGUGACAUAAUCGAUGCAGUGAGCACCGGUGACCGGUGAGUGAUCCCCGAUCCCGUGUAUUACAUAACGGGACUUGUGCCGGACAGGUGCCGAGCUGUACUGACGGAUGGAUCUAUCAUCUAUACGAACGGCCAGCGGAGACAACGUCGCAAUUAAUUUAACACUAAUCGAGCAACCGAUAAAGCGCCUUCACAAAUGAAUUUAGUUAGCUUAAACAAAAUUAGUUUGUAAGUGAACAAGUGCCAAGCGUAACGUGACAACUCAUAGCUCUCGAAUGUAUCCGGUGACAGUGUCAGUACGAAUUGUAUUCGUGCGGUGGUGAAGUAUUCUGUGCGAAUUACGGACUGUAUUCGUGCGGUGGUGCUGUAAACAGUGCGAAUUACGGACUGUAUUCGUGCAGUGGUGAAAUAUUACGUGAGAAGUACGGACUGUAUUCGUGCGGUGGUGCUGUAUCCAGUGCGAAUUACGGACUGUAUUCGUGCAGUGGUGAUAUAUUACGUGAGAAGUACGGACUGUAUUCGUGUGGUGUAGUAUUCUGUGCAAAGUACGGACUGUAUUUGUGCGGUGUAUUCGUUGCGAAUUGCGGACUUAUGACACCUGUAAAAACAUUGUAAGCGCGGCCUGUAUCCGUGCGGACUGUAUCCGUGUGGUGUAUCCGUGCAUGUGGGCGGCUUGGGGCGGCAGGCGGACUGUGGCGUGACAGUCGGUGCGGUGCCAGUCAAGAUUGAAGUGGUGGGGCGGGGGUGGGGCAGGCGCGCGCGCGUGCGUCCCCUGCACGCGCUGGGCCGCGCGGUCGGCAUGUUGGCGUCGCAGAGAUCGCAGUCGUGCAACGAGGAGGGCGCGUUCUUCGGCGCGCGCGCGCUGCGCCGGCCGCGCGGCAAGGGCAGCGGCAGCCCGCCCUGCUAGGGGUACGCCAUGUCGCUGCGCAGCCUACACCGGCGGCUCUCCUCCGCCAACCACACAUGCGAAGAUGGUGGAGGCGGCGCGGCGACAGGCACGGGCGGGCGCACGGCGUCGCUGCGGCUCGCCAACGGGCGCGUGGCAGCGCAGUCGGCCGAGCAGCUUCCGCACUCGCCCGCCGACUGCGCAUCCGUGCGCAUCUCCAUCGACAACACCAACACGUGCUGCACCGACUCGCUCGUCACCGCGCUCGAUGACGAGACGCUGCUGCUAGGCGACGCCGAUAUGUCGCUGAAGCAAGGCAGCGGCACCGGCAAGGUCCACUUCGGUGGCUUGGACGAUGUGUCUCUGUACGGCACGCCCGUGGAGCCCGCGCCCCCGGCCCCCGACGCCAAGCAGGGGUUCCUGCGCAACCAGCUGCAGGCCCUCUUCCAGCCCACCGACAACAAACUAGCCAUGAAGCUCUUCGGCUCCAAGAAGGCCCUCAUGAAGGAGCGCAUACGACAGAAGGCGGCGGGACAUUGGGUCAUCCAUCCGUGCAGUAGUUUCAGAUUCUACUGGGAUCUCUGUAUGCUACUGUUGCUGGUGGCGAACCUCAUCAUUCUCCCCGUCGCCAUAUCCUUCUUCAACGAUGACCUCAGCACGCGGUGGAUAGCCUUUAAUUGUCUAUCGGACACCAUAUUUCUUAUAGAUAUCGUUGUUAAUUUUAGAACAGGAAUUAUGCAGCAAGAUAAUGCAGAACAAGUGAUAUUAGAUCCAAAGUUAAUAGCGAAGCACUAUUUGAGGACGUGGUUCUUCCUUGACCUCAUCUCUAGCAUACCACUAGAUUAUAUAUUCCUAAUCUUCAAUCAGGUAAACGACUUUAGUGAAAGCUUUCAAAUUCUUCACGCCGGUCGAGCGCUAAGGAUACUACGGUUAGCAAAACUUUUAUCGCUGGUACGACUGCUCAGACUUUCCAGGCUCGUCAGAUAUGUCUCGCAAUGGGAGGAAGUAUAUAUCUUGCAGAAUCUCCAAAAAAAGCGCACGGAAAGAAGGGGAAGGCUCAGCUCCGACGUCGCCAAAAAGAAGGGUGACACCAAAAGCAAUCUGAUCUUUAAGUUCCUCAACAUGGCGUCGGUGUUCAUGCGGAUAUUCAACCUCAUCUGCAUGAUGUUGUUGAUCGGACACUGGUCGGGAUGUCUACAGUUUCUCGUUCCGAUGCUCCAGGGAUUUCCCCCAAAUUCUUGGGUAGCGAUAAAUGAGUUACAGGAUGCCUUUUGGCUCGAACAAUACUCUUGGGCGCUGUUCAAGGCGAUGUCCCACAUGCUGUGCAUCGGGUAUGGGAGGUUUCCGCCUCAGUCGCUGACGGACAUGUGGCUCACCAUGCUCUCGAUGAUUUCUGGCGCCACUUGCUAUGCCUUGUUCCUCGGUCACGCUACCAACCUCAUCCAGAGUCUUGACUCAUCGAGAAGACAGUACCGUGAAAAGGUAAAACAAGUAGAAGAAUAUAUGGCGUACCGAAAACUACCUCGGGAAAUGCGUCAAAGAAUCACAGAGUACUUCGAACACCGAUACCAAGGGAAGUUCUUCGACGAGGAAUUGAUUCUCGGCGAGUUGAGUGAAAAGCUUCGAGAGGACGUCAUCAACUACAACUGCCGGUCGCUCGUGGCGUCUGUGCCAUUCUUUGCGAACGCCGACUCUAACUUCGUCUCGGACGUCGUCACAAAAUUACGUUAUGAAGUCUUCCAACCGGGUGACAUCAUCAUCAAAGAAGGAACCAUCGGUAACAAAAUGUACUUCAUCCAAGAAGGCAUCGUGGACAUCGUCAUGGCCAACGGCGAAGUCGCGACGAGCCUCUCCGACGGCUCAUAUUUCGGCGAAAUCUGUCUUCUCACCAACGCCCGGCGAGUCGCUUCCGUCCGCGCCGAAACGUACUGCAACCUGUUCUCGCUGUCCGUGGACCACUUCAACGCGGUGCUGGAUCAGUACCCCCUGAUGCGGCGGACGAUGGAGAGCGUGGCGGCCGAGAGGCUCAACAAGAUCGGCAAGAACCCCAACUUGGUGGCGCACCGCGAGGACGACACCACGUCGGAGGGCAACACUAUCAACGCGGUGGUGAACGCGCUGGCGGCGGAGGCGGAGCACGUGAGCCUGUCGGACGACAGCGUGGCGCGCCUGUCGGAGCGCUCGCUGGGGCUGGCGCUGCAGCCGCUGCAGGCCGCGUCGUGCCGCAUGGCGGGCGUGGCGCUGCCCGGGCUCGGCGUGGCGGCGGCGCUGCCCCGGCCCAAGUCCGAGCACGACUUCAGCGCCGCGCCGCCGCUCGCCAGCGCCGCCGCCUUCCACAAGUCGGACGCCGGCAUCGCCCCCUGACGCCGCACGCUGUGCUAGCCGCGCCCGCGGCUCCCCGAUAGCAAUACUAGGCUUAGUGCGAGCGCGUCGCCUCGCUAGUUGUAGCGUAGACAGAGUAUUAUAGCUGCGACUUCGCCGGGCGCGCGCCCACCGCGCCCGCUGAAUCUCAUUUUGUGAUCUUAUACUUAAUUCUCCUGUGUUAUAUUAGGUUAAAUUUUAUAUCAUUGACGCUGCGAGGAAGCGGAUACGCGAUGUAUUCCGGUUGUAUAGAUAUAACUGUUAUUAUAUUGAAGGACGAAACUAUUGAGUCUUUAUAGAGAUACCUUGCCACUAAAGAGAUGAUUAAUUAUAUAGACUAGACUGAAAUGUAAAGAUAUCACUAUUUUAUGCUCUGUUGGCGUACGAAAUAGACCUAUAUUGUUGACGGAUGCGUUACGAUUCGUUCGCGGAGUUAUGAACGUUGACGAUGUAAAUGCAACGUUCCCGGUGUAACGAUUGUGACGUCAUUAUAUAUUUGAAUUGUUAAUAAUUAUGUAAAGUGUGGAGCGUAGAAGAGUGUAGACCGGCGCGCAGCCGCGCGUCGACCGCGCGCCGCACGCGCGCCGCACGCGCCCGACUGUGCCAUACCGACGCGACGCGCGGCGGCCGCGGCCCACGCGCAGCUGUCGCGCUGCACAAGCGACGCACAAUGUAACAAACCUCACGAUUCCAUAGCACACGGACGCUUUCUUAUUUUUAUUAAUAUUAUUAAGUAGUUUAACUACCGAUAUCAGACCUACCGUUUGUCUCGGUUUCCUAAGUAGAAGUGGAUCUGUAGAGCUUCGAACCGUUUCUUUAUGUAAAUAUUGUAAUAUUAAAGAGGACUCGCCUUUAGUGCGGUCCGUUUUAUAGAAGUGAUAGGGGGACGCUCGCGGGAGCUGUCCAGUCAAUUAUCGCGCGCGCGCGACGCGGGACGUCUCGUUUCUCGAUGCACUACAACACUUCGUACCUUGUUUUAAUUGUAGGUGAAAAUAAUUUAUUGUCGAUAGUGAUCAUUUAGUACGAGUAAGUAGGGAGAGCGAUAACAAAUUCGGACGGAAAACUGUGUGUCGAGUGCGUGAUUACUGAUUCUAAAUAACCGAUCGCGUACAAACUACAACGUAAACUUGUCUAUGGAAUCAAAACAGCGCCACCUAUUUACAGAUUGUGUUUUGUGUUGUUAACAACUUGCAACUAGAUGGCGCGGUUUCUGUUAAAUGAAAACUUAAGUUCACUAACGCCAUCUAAUUGCAACGAGAUAAAACACCAACUGUAAACAGAUGACGCUGUUUGUAAUUCAUAUAAAUUCUAGUUUACGUUAUGCGAUGGAGUAGAUGAAUCUCGCACUCGACACGCGGUAAGUGUAGAGCAGCAGCGGCUGCGACCGGCCUCUGCCGGCUCGGCGACACUCAACACGGCACACAUGCAUGAGCGACGCUUGUUUCUUGCUGGAUUGAGAUCUUGUUUUUACUCUAUCUAUAUAGCGAUUUUUUCUGCGAUUAGUGGUUAUUGAAAGCACUUCACGAACUUUUAACUUUCUUAGCGUUAAAUAGUUGACCGCAACGAGUAACAUAUCCUACGGUUAGCGUAGAGUAGCCGUUGAGCCGACCGCCGCCGGCGACGCAUCUUGGCACGUUUCAUCGUUGACUAAUUCUUAUAGUGUCAUGACGAUUUGUAAAAAAAAUAAUUUUGCAAAUGUUGACUUUUUAGCCAAAAUAAUAUAGAUAAUGAAUGACGAACCAAUACGCAGUAGCUUAUUAGUAGAUGAAUGCAGCCUAGUUCUCAGUUUUGGCGACUCACACCGACACUUUGUACUCGAGGAUAUUUAUACAGUGACUGUUAACUAAACAGAGUGACGCCUGUCAAUUGAUCUACAAAGAGAGGAUAUAAUUGCGUUUUACCCCCAGAGGCAUUUAUUUACUGUUGUUUUAUCUAACCGCUUUUGUAAAUUAUAUAAAUUUUAUAGGAGAGAUCUAUUUUUAUUGUGAAGUUGAGAUCUGCUGAAUAUAAACAAAGAGAAAACCUAUAUUAAAUCAAGAGAUUUUUUUUAUUGAUACUGUUAAUUAUUAAAUAGUUAUAUUAUAUUAUACUGAUUUCUGGUAUCUAUUUUCACCAAAAGUGCUCAUCGCUGUCAAAAAAAUUAGAGGAAAUGCAUUAAAGAAUGAGAAAAACA